CGAAGCGUCAGUCAGUCUGCGUGUGUCAGUGGAGGAGUGAGCACGUCCGCCCCGCCCCCUCGCGCCCACCACGUGUGUCUUGUCUCGCCUCGCAUCACCUGGCCACUCACGGCCCUGGAUACCCGCCGUGGGGCCUUGACAGUGCCUCUCGCUGACGGAAGUGCCGCUGAUACCCGAGUGGAGACUUCGUUAACAAAGAGAGAGUAGAGAACACUGCUUGCCACUGUUCAAACCACAAGAUAACUUUGAGACGGACUUGUUAGAGCGCCGGACGGAGGCUUGGCGUGAGGGGGGGAAGGGCAGCCUUGUGUUGAUCCCCAGGAAGUUAGAGUGUCGGCGAGGACCUUGUUAUGUGUGAGUGGCGUGGUCGUGCUGGUGGCGGUAAAGGGUCGUGACCAAUGAGGAACUUGUGGUCGUCCCUUCGGCCCUGAGCCCUCCUCCGUCUGCUCCUCCUCCUCCUCCUCCUGUGACUGCCAUGCCCCUCGACCCCGCCAGCUAGACUCCGCGCGCCCGUUCGCCCGUGUGUGUGUGUGUGUGUGUGUGUGUGUGUGUGUGUGUGUGUGUGUGUGUGUGUGUGUGUGUCCUUCGCCAUGAGGAGGGAGAGGCUCGUCCGCUGGUUAAUCGCCGUCGCCCUCUGCGGCUGUCUCUUGGGCGGCGGCAGCGGUGGGGGCGGCGGUGUGGCUGGGGUCAGGAUCGCCAACCUGGACGUUCCCGCCGUGGCUCUCGAGGGUGACCAGGUGCACCUCCGCUGUAACUACGAGGACGAAGGCGACUCUAGUCUCUACACCCUCAAGUGGUACAAGGAUUCGCGGGAGUUCUUCAGACACCAGCCGGGACUCGCGCCCAGGGAAGGAGACGACCGCUGCCGAGACCACCAUACCUACCACGUGGACGGCGUGACGGUGGACUGCUGGGCGUCGACGGAGCGGGACGUGGUGCUGCAGGGGGUGACGCGGGCCACCUCGGGGGACUACCAGUGUGAGGUGAUCGGCGAACACCCCAAGUUCAGGAAGGAGGUCCGGAAGGCGCGACUCACCGUGUUCUCCGAGCCCUUGAAGCAGCCGUUUGUGGCGGGGGCGCGGGAGACAUACACACCCCUGGACACCGUGAGCCUGACUUGCACGCCCACGAACACCCAGUACCUGCCGAUGCUGUCCUGGAGCCUCAACGGGGAACCGGCGCCCCAGGAGUACGUGGUGAAGUACCCCGACCGCCGCGCCUCGGGUCUCCGCUUCGUGGCCCGGUCCGACCUCUUCGUGCGGGGCGCCAUCACGGCCACCUGCAUCGCUUCCUUCGGCGGGCGGCACCUGGAGGCUUCUGAGGUGACGCUGGCCAACGCACACUACAGAAGCACCCACGACUUCUACUAUAACGCAGGGGCGGCGAAUGGCGGGCGGAGGCAGCUGACGGUGGCGCUGGUGGUGGCGGCGGCGGCGGCUGUGAUGGUGGUGGGGCGUCGCCUCUACUAGCAGCCUCAGCAGUGCUUGUACAGAUGUAUAUACGUGUGUGUGUGUGUAUGUGUGUGUGUGUGUGUGUGUGUGUGUGUGUGUGUGUGUGUAGGCGCAUAUUAAUCCUUCAUCCUACACUUCUAUCGUGCGUGUGUGUGUGUGUGUGUGUGUGUGUGUGUGUGUGUGUGUGUGGCUAUCUCGACAUAAUAUACAAUUUCCUAAUUUCAAUCCUCCCACUGCGGUAGAUACGUUUUUCUUUCCGUAAUUCCCCGUUUUCUAUUGACUAAUACAAAAAAUAUAUAUUGUCUGGUUAACCAUUGUAAACUGUUUUCUAUAUAUCAUUUGUUUAGGCAUAAUGUUAAUUGGUAAGUGCGUCCUAACAUAUCCUUCCCGAGUCUAGAGUUUGUACGAGUCCUGAGUGUGAGAUCCACUUACUACGACCCGUCUAUGGCUGGUAUUCCUCGACGCUUCUGCCUCCCACCUCAACUAUUUUCAAAGGCCAAAAAAAGGAUCAAUCGGGUUCUGAUGAGUGUUUUUUUAGGUUCACGGUACAGAAGAAGGGUCAAACUACCACCAGGGUCAUCAAACUACCCCUGGAAACGCCCCAAACUCAUACGAAAGCCUUGUCAAAUAUGUAAACUCGGGCGACAAAAUGUUUCAAAGGCGAAAAUUAAGAUCAGUCGGGUUCUUAUGAGUUGUUUUUUUAGGUUCACGGUACAGAAGAAGGGUCAAACUACCACCAGGGUCAUCAAACUACCCCUGGAAACGCCCCAAACUCCUACGAAAGCCUUGUCAAAUAUGUGUACUACUGGGAGAGGAAUUUUUUAAGAAUACGUGCCAAGGCUAACUUCUGGUCUUGGUCUUGUCCCUCCCACACACAAAACAUUGAUGGAUUGAUAGUUUAUUGUUGAAAGUAAACAACAAAGGAGAAGGGAGGAACAUGUCACCCCAAUCCCCAGGCAGUACAGAGUGUGAUUAGUUUCUCAUCCUCUUGCCACUUGAAGACAACCAACAUUGUAAGAGAUUGAAUGCAUAAAAAAUCAUUGUUGUAAGUGACUGAAUGACUCCAAUAUAAACAGAAAGGGAUA